GAGCUUAAGGAGCCUACACCGGUUAGCGGUGGGAGCCCGAUUCUUGUGAACGAUUUCCGCCGACUUCACGCGACUGCCGUGCCAGCGCUUACACUCGCUGCAUUCUGCUCCACUUAAGUCGUUUCUUACCUCGCCGUAUCUGGGCGCGACCAGAAGGCUACCACUCAGACGCUUCGGCUUUUGCAAGUUGCGACCGAAAUGUCAGCCCUGCAUCUCCGCAGCCAAGCGUCCUUGCUACGUCCUAAAAGCGAGGCGAGCACAAGCUAUGCGUCGGGCGCGGCUCGGCGAGCCCGACGCUCGGGAGUUGUGUGCAUGGCCCAAUUUAUGCAAGACCCGAAUCGUGGCGGGCCGCAAGGUGGUCCUACGGGCACGGUUCCAAACUGGAAGCCCGGCUCAUACGACUAUCCGCCUCCGCCCUCGUCCAUGCCACCCCGGCCCGGCAUGCCCCCGCCCCCGCCCCCUGGCGGGCCCCCGCCCAACAACAACGACAGCGGCGGCGGCAGCAGCCUGACGCGCGCGCUCAUUGCGGCGGCAUUUGUGACAGGAGUGGGCAUUGGCGUGUACUUUGACUCGAACAUCACGCUGACGCCCUCCAAUGUGGCCUCCACGGAGAUUGUGGACCGCCGCACGCCCAACUCCGAGCUGUGCAUGGCGUACGGCUACAGCGCUAUGGCGUUUGACCAGCGCCUGUUCGUGUCCUUCAACCCGUUCAACGUGUACGUGUCGCAACCGGAGGUCAAGCCCGGCUGCAUCCUGCGCCGCUCCAACGUCAACGUGCUGGAGAACAAGAAGCUCGUGUCGGGGUCACAGGUGGACAACUGCAAGCGCUCCAUGAACACCUUUGCCUUUGUGGGCGACCUGGACAACAGCCCCGAGGUCAGCUGUGUGUAUCAUUCAGAGGAGGCGGAGAACCAGUACCUGCUCAACCCGCGCCGACUGGUCCCCGCGUCGGACGCGCCGGCGGGCGCCGGCGGCGCGGCGGCGGGCGGCGCGGCGGGCGCGGUGGCGGGCGCGGCGGGCGCGGGUGGCGCGCAGUAGGGGGCUGGAGGGAAUGGAGGGAAUGGUGCCACGGAAUGGAGGGCUGUGGUGCACCGGUGGUGCGCUGGCGGCGCGGCGGUGGCGCGGCGUUUGGGGCUCGGGGACCUGGGGCCGUGGUGUGGGGCGGUUGAAGGGGCCACCCGGCGGGUGUUGAGGAGAUCAGGGGUUGCGGUGGUUGGCUGUUGUGGCGCUGGGUACGCGUGGCGCGGAUGGGAGUGUGUGUGGCCCUUGCACAUCCCUGAAGGAUCUGUGGAGUGAUAACUGCUGGCAAGCACCAACAGAAGUAUGCACAGGGGUACUGUACCGAAGUAGGGGCCAGCUCAGUUCCGGCGUGGCACCCUCGAUGUGGGCGGUUGCGCGCACCAUUGUCACCUACGCGCAGCACGACAGAGAUGAGAGAGACAGACAGGGUUCAGGCGGCGCUAAACAGAAUCAUAGUCUGACGAGCUCCAGCUCUGGGCAAUGAGCUGCACAGGACACGUUCUGUGGCGCACAGGCCUGCACAAGUACGCAGGCGCACUUGCCAUGUGCGCAUACAGCACACGCGCCUACACACUGUAAAGGUUGCACAGG